AUGCGGCGGUUCUUUUUCCAAGUGCUGGUCCAGCUGGCAACUUCAGACGCAGAUUUACCACUGACGUUGUCAGCUCUUUCUGCUGAUGAUGAAUGUGGACCAUCGGAUAACGCGUGCGUUCUCUCACAACUUCAGACCAAGGCUUCGCAACCCUGGUGGUAUUGGAGAUCGAGACCAGGCUGGUCAAUGCAGCCUCCGUGGCAGAUGCAACCCAUGCAGCCCAUGCAGCCAGCGAUGUAUCCCUGGAUGCGGCCCAUGCAACCGGUGCAACCGAUGCAACCGGUGCAAACGACGUCAACGCCAGCCACGUCCACGGCUGCAACUGGACCAAGAAGGACGUACAUCCCAUUGGCUCCCAACGGAUGGGGGAUGGUUGCAGAUGACGAGGGGCAAGAAAUCACGCAUUUCACGGCGACAAAGACACGCUGUGAAGAGGCCUGUGAUAGCACCCCAAACUGCAACAGUUUCGUCUUCUGUACCUUCGGUGGUUGCUUCCUGAAGACUCGCCAAUUCAGCGGUCAGGAAACCAUGCAUUACAGUGGCUUUUGCUCCACCUUUUGGGCUGCGACGGUCACAAGUCAUGGCGCUGCAGCCUUGCCGCCCUUGCAACAUGUGGAGGUGCAGCAAUGCAAGAAGGGCACUGUGCCGGAACCCAACGGAAAAUGUAGCACUUCAUCAUCGCCCACGUUGAUGACUUUUUAUCAAUAUCGCGCCCAAAGCGGCGUGAUUCCCAAAGAUCGUCUCUGGGAGAAUAUGAAUUUGGCCAACUUGGGUGGUGUCAUGUUCUAUCUUCACAAUGAAGUGGUGGACAAGGACGGCGAGAUGAUGGAUGAGUCAGGUCACAAAACCACCAAGUUCCAAGUCGAUCGGAUUCUGCGGUUCAAAGUGACCAUGAGAAACUCCGAUGCCCUCUGGAAGAAAUUCCGGUCACAGUUUGGUCAGUUUAUCCAGUUUGACUAUGGUCAAGCGACGUUCGGUAUGCCGGACCAUGUGAAGAAAUGCAAUGCGAUUUGGUCAGAAUUCGGCUACGAGGUUGGAUGUCAAGCAAAUCCCUCGGGGGUCUCUGCCUAUGAUGAGGGCUAUUGGACAUCGUGGCCGGGCCGCUGUCCUUCGAUGCCCUUCACCUCAAAGGCGCCGCAGGGGGGCCCGGCGAAGACUGCUGAAUGCCUCAAGGAGCAACCUGGAGGUUCCUGUGGAUCACCCGAUGGCACUUUUAACUGUAUUUGGCAUGUCGAGGAAGCUGGUUUCAUCAUGCUGGACGAUCUGGUGGGAACGGACAUUGCCAAACUCUAUUUGUCGGGCGGCUGGCAAUAUGAGAAGAGCUCAGAUACCGGAGAGGGCACCAGCUUCUGGAGUGGCAAGAAGGUGUUGAUGACCCUGACAAAGGGAGAGAAGGGCAUCAGCGGUCGCAUGCGUAUCGCAGCCUUCCUACAAUCUGUGGACGCCGGUUACUUCGAGGCAAAUGGCAACGCAGUAGCAAUCUAUGAUUAUGAUCUUCAACUGACGAGCAAAAGUCCAAACGCGACUUGA